GUUAAUGAAGUGCUUAUACCACUACAGGCAAUUAAAAAUGUCAAAGCCAAUGCUGCUGGACUAACUCGGGCUAACAAUGCAAAACCUGAGGCCCCUAAACCUGAGUCCUCAACUGUAUUGUCUAAUGCUACAUCUGAAGCCUCUAUGAAUUUGCAGAAGGCUCAGCUAUCAUCUGGGCUUCCUGCAGAUUUUUUUGAUAAUCAUGUGACAAAGAAGCAAAAAUCUGGAAAUGAUGCGGUCAAGUUCCUAGAUCCAGAUUCAUACAACAAGACUGGGGGUUCCGCUUCUGCUCAAACUCAGUCAAUGGAGCCUCUUGAGUCGAAAAACAAUUUAGACAGAUUGUCCAGUUCUCACUCUGAAAAGAUGGGAAAAAGUGGAAUUCAUCAUGCCAGGGACCUUACCCAGACAUCAGGAAAGAUUGUUGGUUCAGAAACCAAGGAAGUAAAGGGUGCUCUUCCUGAAGGCUUCUUUGACAACAAGGAUGCUGACCUUCGUGCACGUGGUAUUGUGCUUGUUAAGCCGGAUGUCAAGGACGAGUACAAAGAAUUUGAAAAGUUGAUACAGGAGGAUUUGAAGGAGGUGGACAACCGUUUGGAAGAAGAAGAGUUUGAUGCAGCUGAGAUGAUUGAAGAGGCCGAGUCUGUGGAGCAAAAGGUGUAUUGGGAGAAAGUGGAAAUGCUGAAGAAGAAGAAAUUGGAGCUGAAGGUGGCUAGAUCCGGCAGACGGAGUAAAGAGCCUGAGGUCAGAGGCAAGGGGCAUAGCUCUGAAGAGGAUUCAUCCAGUGAUGAUGAUAGUGAUGGGAAUUUCAUGGUUGAUUGGAGAGCACAACACCUGUGAAUACUUCUGUUUGAAAUUUUCUGGUAGCAUCGCCUGUGCAGACAUGUCUAUGUCGGCAUGCAAACACCUGAUUACGUUUGCUGGAGUUUGGUGCUGCUUCUUUCAUUCUGAGCCAUUCUCCAGAUUUUGGUUCAACUGGCUGCUGAUUGAAAGGGAUGGGGAGUGAGGCGAGGUGAGAGUAAGCCCUGGUCCAAGAUCCUAGAAUUUUACAUUGUUUCUGUAUGCAUGUCUAUAAAGGGGCAGGUAGAAGAUCUGGGUUUUGGUUGAAACUUGAAUGGUGUAUCCCGAAUUCCGAUACUAAGAUUUAGGGUUUAAUGAAGACAAAUGGGUUA